CUGAUUUCGCUUGUGACGUCUGUCAACUUGCAAAUCAAGUAAAUCGUGACUUUCAAAAUAUAAGUUUACAUUGUUGGACUUUCCGUUUUCUUCAAAUAAAAAGCAAUUUUUAGAUACAUAAAUCAUGCCUAAGGUUUCUGUUAAAGUCAAAUGGGGUAAGGAGACAUUCCCCGGCGUGGAAGUCAACACAGAUGAUGAUCCGGUGGUGUUCAAGGCACAGAUAUUUGCCUUAACUGGUGUCCAACCUGAAAGACAAAAAGUAGUCUGCAAAGGUGUCACUCUUAGAGACGAUUCUUGGGCCAACUUUAAACUUACCAAUAAUGCCUUAGUGCUGGUGAUGGGUAGUAAAGAAGAAGAUGUGCCAUCAGCGCCAGUGGAAAAAACUAAAUUUGUAGAAGACAUGAAUGAGUCAGAGUUGGCUACUGCUCUGGACCUCCCUGAGGGUUUGGUCAAUUUAGGCAACACAUGCUACAUGAAUGCAACAGUGCAAUGCCUCAAGACUGUCCCAGAACUUAGAAAUGCCUUACUUAAUUAUGACCAAUCCUCUGGAGGUGGUACCGCAGGUGGUCUAACAUCAGCGCUCAGUGACACAGUGCGAGCGCUAGAAGGCGGGGGCGCCGGUUCGUGCGCAGCAGCAGCUGCACGUUUGCUGCAAGCUCUGCACGAUGCAGCACCUCGCCUGGCUGAGUGGGGCUCCGAUGGGCACCUGGCACAGCAGGACGCUUCUGAGUGCUGGACGGAGAUAGUGAGGGCGCUAAGGAUGAGGCUGCCCAUGCCGGCACCGGAAAGCAAGUCAUUCAUCGAGAAAUAUUUUGGUGGUACCUUGGAUGUGGAACUAGUGUGCAGUGAGGCAGAUGAGCCACCGACCAAAUCGUCAGAGUCUUUUCUACAGCUCUCCUGUUUCAUCUCGCAGGAUGUGAAAUACUUGCAGUCUGGACUCAGAUCUAAAAUGUCAGAACAAAUCACGAAACUGUCACAGACACUAGGAAGAGAUGCUGUUUAUACGAAAACAAGCAAAAUUAGUCGUCUGCCCGCAUACCUGACAGUGCAAUUCGUUAGGUUCUACUACAAAGAGAAAGAGUCGAUUAAUGCGAAAAUACUGAAGGACGUAAAAUUUCCUCUCGACUUAGAUGUGUAUGAACUUUGCUCGCCGGAACUGCAAGAGAGACUGACUCCUAUGCGGAAUAAGUUUAAGGAAAUUGAAGAUGCAUCCGUCGAAUCGUCUCUUGCAUCGCGAAACAAGAAUCAAGGCGACAACCAGAACUUCAGGAAAAAUAAAUUAAUGCCCUACUGGUUUGAGGACGACAUCGGCAGCAACAACAGCGGCUACUACCGGCUGCAGGCCGUGCUGACGCACCGCGGCCGCUCGUCCUCCUCCGGCCACUACGUCGCGUGGGUCGCGCGCGGCGCCACCUGGCUGCGCUGCGACGACGACUCCGUCACCCCCGUCACGGAGGAGGAGGUGCUCAAGCUGAGCGGCGGAGGUGACUGGCACUGCGCGUACCUGCUGCUGUACGGACCCAAAGUGUUAGAGAUCCCCGAUGAAGAGGAACCCAUGGUCACUGAGGUCACAGAAGAUAGAUCUGGAGAGCCGCCCACUGCGCUUGCGUAGACCGCUGCAAACCUGGGAACAAUUCGCGCAUUGACGUACUGUAAACACCUAGACCCAAUCGCCUAUAAAAGGUCUUUUGUUUUGUAGCAAACGGAGAUAAAUGUUUUAAAACAGUUUUAAGUUCAACCUAAUUACAACCUUGAUACCUAUGAAUAAAGUCGAAAAUCGUAAAGAUUCUCCAAUGCUUACAUUUGCCUAAUGAUGCGUGGGUAGAAUUUUGCUUCGGACAUUUGAGCGUGAUUAUAAGUCUAGUUGUUUACUGUACGUAAAUGAUUCUGCGCCAGAAGUUGUGAAAAAUAAAAUAAAAAUAAAAACGACAUGAUAUUUAAUACAAGAAUUAUAAUUGUAUGGCUUUUUAUUAAUAAAAAUGCUUGACGUUC